UUUGGUCAUGUCUAUUCUAAAAAAUACGGAGGAGUGGUGCUUAUAUGCAAUUGGUAUCAUAAAUGCAUCAAUAAUCUUUAGCUAUGCCCACUUAUGUUAAUAUCUGGCAACUUCUUGGCAGAAGUCUCUUCAAGUCUUCAUUGCGUGGUAGUUCUGCAUUUCCUUCUGUUGGUUGACAUUCCACUUCUGGUCAUUCACAGUUCAGACCAUCCAAACAUUAGUCUAGUGAUUGAUGGUGUGUACUGUGCAGAAAUAAAGGCAAAAGAGGAUGUGUAAGUAGAGUUGUUAAACAUCUGCCAAAUUUUUUAUUGGAUGGUUCACCAAAUACUACCUUCAUGUUUUCGAAUUGCAAAGGAAUUUGGACUCAUUCCUAGUAUAGUUUGUGCUGCAUGCUUGCAUGUGAUUAUUAUAGUUGUUGUUGUCAGUCAAAUCACCGCACAGUUGAUAUGAAAUGUAUUUGGACAUGGAUGAACCUCUAUUCUUUUGACUACCCUUUAGUUGCAGGAGUCUGUUACCUAAAAACCCUGGGGUGAAGACCCGAGAACAGUGUCUAAAAUUUUUAUUUGGUGGACAAUGUGAUCCUAGAUUGGGUAAGAUAGUAAGAUAUGAUUAUGCAAAAUCCAUAUUGAGUUCAUUGAUGAACAAAUAUACGGAUUUUCUUGUUGUUUGUAUCCUAUUAUGUGGCCAGCCGAACACUUAUCUAGUUCAUGUUAGCAAGGGAUUAUGAUCCUAUUCUCUAAAGCCACAGUACAUCUUCAUAUUUCUGCAGAAACCAGAGUUUAAGUAAGAAAGCAAACAGGUGUACCAACGGUUUAUGCUCUGUCUAUAUGAGAUACCUGUAGUCAAAUUAACAAGACCCGUGUAAAUUACCGCAUGAUAACCAUUCACAUAGAAGUCCAGCUUCCUCAAUGGACCAUACACUGGUGACCAAGUUUUUCCAAACAUGCCAACCAGUUCAACAGUUUGUAAAUUCUGAAGUAGUACAGCCUCAAUGGAAUAUCCUAAACUAACAACUUCACACAUCUAAACUUACUGUUGCAGCUCAUCUUGAUAAAUUGAUUAUUCUGGUUCGUUGAGUGAAGUGUGGAUUACUAGUGCUUGAUACAUCCCUCUCACUUUAACUGAUGUGCCUGUCUCACACAUCGUUUUAAAGAAGAUAAAUGUGACACUUCAACUAUUGGAUGUUAAAUUUUUCCCGUUGCAGUUAGUUGCUAAUACAAUGCCUCUUGUACCCAUCUUUCGACACAUAUAAGAGUAAUAGUUUCUUUACGAUUUUUAGCUCUGGACUGAAAUGUUCAGUUCAACUUUGAUUAUGUCCUGUGCAAGUUGUUCAAAUUUAAAUUCUUGGCUUUAAUGUGGUGAUUGAAGUCACUGUAUAAACAAGAUCCACUUUGUAUAUGCUCAUACAGAUGCAUUGGUUAGUAGUAGGCUUCCUUUCGAUGCAGCUGUAGCAUGAAUGUUUGUGUUAUUAUCAUAGUAGUGUUUCAGGAAAGCUCACCAAUCAUCAUUUUUUAUUACAACCUUCUGCACAUGUUUGCUGGUUCAACCAUCCAGUUUGUAUGCUCCUUUGUGUAGAAUGAGUGGUCGCGCAUUGGAACAGUGAAAUUCUGAUCGCCUUUUUUAUUCAAAUCCUGUCAUUGAAAUUGUGCAGAAAAUGAGCCAUGUUGUUAUUUUGUCUGUUGUCUCUUGCAGAUCGUCAUUUCUUUCACUACUCAUGCACAGACAGACUAGAUACCCUGAUUAUGUACCGUUAAGAGUGAUAGACAACUAUGUUUUUAAGUGACAUAUUGCUAACAUCAUUAUCUCCAAAUAGAUGAUUUAUUGCAAGUUGCAAUCAUACAGUUGAAUUAUUUUACAUAUGGUGGGAUGCUGACUAGUUAGUUUUUCAUCUUUUGCUCUUUUCCUGAUUCCUGAAGCAAUAUUAUUCUCAUCUUCUUUUCAUGCUUUUCGAUCUGUUAGAUCUUCAUGUGAUGGACCCCUACCAGAAUAUUAAUUAUUGACAUGGUAUCCUUUGUUAAUCUCUAUCGAUUUAAUGGAUUUUGCUUAUACGACUUUUGAUUCACCAGAGAGCUUCUCCUACUGAUCUAAAACAUAGCCAAGGUUUUGUUUUGUCAUUAAUCCAGAAUCUAUUUUGUUACUUUGGAAUAUAUUAAAGCGAAAGAAAGCAGGUGGAAGUACAGCAGAUAGUUAAAGAGAAAGCUACAAGGAACUAAUAAUUGCUUGGCAAUCUUGCCUUGGGAUCUGAAGACUACCCCAUGGUAUUAUAAGAUUCUUGAGAAGGACCCCAAGUAAUAUGUUCGAAGGUUUAAUUGGAUAAACGCGGUGAUAUCUAUUCUCACCUUAGUGCUGAAUUUCAUUCCUCUAGUUCCUUACGAUUCAUUGAGUGGUACUGCAUCGCAAGCAGAUGCAGUAUCUGAAGUGGUAUAUCAGAUUAUACUUUUCUAGGAAGAUGACUCAAACUAUUCAUUACGGGGACUUAAAACUAUUCACUAGGUGUUCAUACAGAGACUCUCUGUUCCCCUUUCAAGUCAAAGAAGAAAAGAAAUUUUUGUUAUAAUAAAGAUGAUAUGAAUUGGAGAAAUUUUGAAGAGAGGAAGAGGAAGAAUAUUAACCCACAGCUCAUUACAUAUAUUCUCUUCAACAUAACCCCCAUUUCUUGCUUUCAUAUGUGGGUAACCAAGAUUAUAAAUACAAGUACUACUAGCCUUUGCAAGUUGCAGUCAAUUCAAGGAGAAGAAGAAGAGUUUUAUAAGUUAGAAUUUUGCAAGCCUGAAUUUUCUUUUAUAAAGAUAGGUGAAAAUGGGUAAUGAGAGAACAGAAAACAAAGAAAUGGAUUUGGUGUUGUCAAGUGAAGCUAAACCAAGACUGAAAUGGACUGCAGAACUUCACCGGCGAUUCGUCGAUGCCGUUACUCAACUUGGAGGGUCUGAGAAGGCGACACCAAAGAGUUUGAUGAGGUCCAUGUCUAUUCCUGGACUGACUCUAUAUCAUCUAAAGAGCCAUUUACAGAAGUACAGACUUAUCGGAAAGAAUCAGAGAUCAGAGAGUUGCAGCCAUAACGGACCAGAAGAGGUUGAUUACAGAGACUUGGAGAUUAAAAGUGAUCAUGUCAAUGGCGAAGGCACGGGUAGACCUGGAACAGAGAUGGAUGAAAGCCUGCACAUAGCUCAAGCAUUGCAGGUACAAUUGGAAGUUCAGAAGAAACUGCAUGACCAGCUCGAGGUGCAGAAACAUUUGCAAUUAAGAAUCGAAGCACAAGGGAAGUAUUUAGAAUCAAUUCUAACGAGAGCACAAGAUAAGCUGCUGUCUAACUACAGUACUUCCAGCGCAUUGAGAACUCAAGUUACAGAAUCGUUAGAUACCCGAAACCACAGCUCUUCUACAUCCGAACUGACUGAAAUACAAGGAUUCAGCUUAAUGAGUUCAAUGCAGAGGACAGUGAGAAGAGGCACUCUCACUGACUGUUCAGUGGAUAGCUCACUUACAUCAUCUGAAAGCUCUGGAAAAGAAAUUGAGAAAGUACGAAUCGAUUUAAGCAAAGACGACGAUGAAGAAGAAGAAAUCCGUAAUGAAUGCAGCAAAGGUAUUCCAUUGCUUUCACUGAUGGAAACAGAAAAUUCUUCUAGCUCUAGAGUUACAGGGAAUAAGAAAAGAAGCAAUAGCUGCAGCAUUUCUAAUGACACUACUAGCUCUGAGCAGCAACCAUUAGCUAAGAAACCAAUCAUUCAACCAGCUGGAGAAAUGAGGAAGUAUAAUUUUGGUGUCAAAGAACUUGAUCUGAAUUGUGAAUACCAAGUGGAUUCUGAAUUUUAGAAACAACGAUGAAGAGAAGAAUCUGAAUCACAAUUUAGAUGCAGUAGCUCCUGAGGUAUAUAUACUACUUAUAAUGAAGAUAAUAAUAGGUCUCAUCUUAUAGUUUUCAAAUUCCAAUUCGAAUCUGAAUUACAUGAUUUUCUUUGUCUAUAGAUAUGUACAAGUCUAGAUUUUGUUAUAUAAAGAUUAUUAUAAUAUAAAUUGGAUUUUGAAAUGAACCCUGAAAUCCAUAUCAGAUAAACAAAUUCUGUUCUUUUUGAGUUAGAUGACACGUGGAUGACACCCACACAAGCCCCCAGUUUGUGAUUGCCGUGUGUUCACCCAAGAUUCUUCAGACAAAACCCAGUAACAAUUACAGGUUUAAUGGAAUCCUAAUCAUCAAUUCAAC